AUGGCAAUAACUAGAAGCAGAAACGGAGCUCGGGAGGAAUCAUCUGGCAGCGGCGGCACUAAUACGAACACCGAUAACACGUCCGCUACCGCUGGGACGUCCGCGACGGACGGCACUACCGCGACGGACGGCACUACCGCCACGUCCGACACCGACGCCACGGGCACCACGACUGGCACGGGAACCACGGCGGACACAGAAGCAACGACGGAAUCAGGAGCAACCACGGAGGAUACAAGCGCGGCCCAAGAAGAGGUCACGCCCGAGGAUGCCGCCGUCGCCGCCACGCCCGCCGACACCUCUGGUAUCAGAGCCACGCCCGCCGCCAGCACCAUAGCCACGAUCGUCGAAAAACAGCUGAUGCCUCCACCGCUCGGCACGAAGAGGUGCGCUAAGCCCGCUCGGUCACACCGAUCCAAGGCCUCCAGCAAGAGGCUCCUCGCGGAGCUAGAAGCCAAGGAGAAGUUAGCCGAGCUGGAGCUCAAGCGCAUCGAAGCCCAAGCUGCGCUGGCAAAAAUCAGAGAAGAAAGAAGAAACCUCUCCUCGUCGGGUGAAGACUCCGAACAAGAAGAGGAAGACCUCGGCCCCCAGAGAUUAGCCGAUUGGUUCGACCGCCCGAUUCAAGACGCGGUCGAACACCACGCCGCGCGCCCCCCUGCGCACCGCGCGCGGCACCACAAGCAGACAAUGGAUGUGACGUCUCUCGCAGCAGCCCUGACCGACGCCCUACAAGCGAACAGAUCGAACAGGAAGUACCUGCCAGACCUGCCGUCGUUCAGUGGACAGUGCGCGGAGUGGUUACAGUUCAAAGCCGCUUACAACGAGUCGGCGCCUAGUUUCGCGAACAGUGAAAACGUCGCUCGCAUAAGAAAGAGCCUCAAGGGCGCCGCCCUAGAAGCCGUCAGUGCACUCCUCAUCAGCCAGCCGCGUCCAGACGAUAUCAUCAAGGCCCUGGAACGCCGCUACGGGAGGCCCGACGCACUACUCCUGAACGAGAUGGAGAGAAUAAAGGCCUUGCCACGACUAGCCGAGAGCCCGCGCGACCUGUGCACGUUCGCCGGACGUAUCGCCAACGCCGUGACAACGAUCGAGAUAUUGAAGAAGCCUCAGUAUCUUCACAACCCCGAGUUACUGAGGUCUAUAGUGGAAAAGUUAACGCCCAUAUUAAAAAGUAAGUGGUACGACUACGCCGCGAGUGAUGAAGACACGCCGGAACUUAAGAAGAUAGCCGACUUCCUCAACAACGAAGCUGACAAGUGCACGCCCUAUGCCCCGCCCGAGACCAUAGCGGAGCCCAAGGAAGCACGAGCCACGAAAAAGAAGCCCGAGCGUACCUGCGUAGCCGUCGCCGAAGUGAAGAAAACAAAAGAAGAAAAGUUACCCUGUCCAGUGUGUGACCAGUCCGCCCAUCAACUGCCGACGUGCCCGCAAUUCACUAAGCUGGGCACGAACGAGCGGUGGGAAAUAGCGAAGAAGCACAAUAUGUGCUAUCGGUGCCUCGUCAGCAAACAUCGCCGCUUCGUCUGCCGAGCCAAGCCCUGCGGUCAUCAAGGCUGCGCUAUGCGUCACCACAAGCUGCUUCACCACGAGAAGGCCCCGACAGACACCGUCGCCGCCUCGAACGAGCCGACGCAGCCCCGCAAGUCCGACGAGGUCGUGGCCAUAGCCGUCAAGCAAGCCGUACACGCCGCGACCCGGGCGAGCCGCGCCUACCUCAAGAUGGCGCCAGUACUACUCCGGGGGCCGCACUCGGAAGUGGCUACGUUCGCGCUCCUAGACGAAGGCAGUACAGUGACUAUCAUCGACUCUGCGAUCGCCGCCGCCCUCAACCUUGACGGGCCCACCGAACCUAUGUGGGUCCAAGGUGUGGGCGGGAACGAGAUGGCGUACGAGAAGAGCAAGAGAGUGGAUGUCCGCAUACGCAACAAACACGGAGGGGACGAGCAGCUAGUGACGAACGCGCAUACAGUCGGGCGCCUUGACUUCACCACUCAAACGAUCAGCGAGCGAGAGAUAGACGACUGUGAACAUCUGCGGGACAUCAAGCACCUGUUGACAUAUGAAGACGCUACACCGGGAAUACUGCUCGGACAAGACAACUGGGAACUCGUUGUGUCGCGCAAGUUGAAAAAAGGACGGCGCGAUCAGCCAGUAGCAUCUAAAACGCUACUAGGUUGGGUACUACACGGUUGUCGCCACUCACAAGCGAUACCCGUAGCCCACUGCUGCGCACACCUUACGCGCAUACAGCCCGGCGGGAACAUCGAGAACGAGAUGAAGAACUUCUUUGCGCUCGAAUCACUCUCGAUCGAGCCGAGGAAGCCCCGUAGUGAUCCCGAACAGCAAGCCUUGAAAACGCUAGAAGAGAAAAGUCGACGCCUCCCCGACGGGCGCUUCGAGACCGGCCUGCUGUGGCGACAGGAAGACAUCAACAUACCUGACAACCGCGCCGACGCCCUCAAACGCCUACACACACUAGAGAAGAAGCUGGAUCGCGACGCGGACUUGAAGAAGCAGUACACCGAACGAGUUGACAACCUGCUUGUGUCCGCCUACGCCGAGCUCGCGCCGACACCGAGCAGCGGGAAAACCUGGUACCUGCCCCACUUCGCAGUGCGCAACCCGGAGAAGCCGAAGAUAAGGUUAGUCCACGACGCCGCGGCCACCUCACACGGCCGCAGCCUCAACGACAUGCUUCUCGCGGGCCCCGAUCUCCUGCAGUCGCUGCCCGGCGUUAUCAUGCGCUUCCGUCAAUACGGCGUGGCGGUAUCAGCGGACAUAAAGGAAAUGUUUAUGCAAAUAAAAAUAAGAGAAGAGGACCGCGACGCGCUGCGCUUCCUGUGGCGAGGCGAUCGACGCGAAGGCGGCCCGACAGAAUAUCGCAUGACAUCAGUCAUCUUCGGCGCCUCUUCAUCCCCUGCACGGCGCUGUAUAUAA